GAGAUCACAGGAAAAAUUUCGAUUCGAGAACGCAGUCCCUCUGAGCUUGGCUUGCUCGAGGAAGACGAUGCACCAGCCGUGAGCUUUCCCGGACCAACCGGACGAGGCCCGGGGCAUGUCGAAGACUUCAUAGUGCAAAACGCGCUGGAUUUUACGCUAUCGGAUUCGUCGGGCAGUAGCUCGUCCUCCUCUACUGCAUUGGAUAACUAUAUGCUUCGGAGAGGUAGCAGCUCAUCCACUUCCAGUGGAAGAGGCCGUGGUAGAGCAGAAAGAAGUAUGCUGCACAACGGAAACUCAUCUUUCUUCGACAAGGAGCAUGGUAAGUUGAAAAGAAUUUUUGAGAUUGAGGCCGAAGCUACAACUACUCCUUCUUCGCCAUCUGCCUCCAGGAAAAUCCGUUGUGGGGACAGCCACGAGCGUAGAAGAAGUGACGAGCACGUGGUAGACCAAGACCUAGAAGAGGAUGAGGAGCAUUAUCGCGCCGCCGCUGUUGAUAGGAGUCAUGAUUAUGAUCGUGGCAGCGAGGGUAGCAGUACAAGAUUAGGUGGAGCAGGCACACGAACGGAGAAGACUUCAAUCCCUCCUCUGUUUUAUGUCGGCGGCGCUGCAUCAGCAUCACGAACAAUAGUCGCGGCCGCUGGCGAUGAUGAUGACGAAGAGAUUUGCAAAGAGGUAGUAGAACCAGCAGAAGGACAAAAGGAUAAUCGCGGCCGAACGGAAGGUGGUGCAUACCUCUACCAAGUGUGGCCAGGGACCACGCGAUACCUCUGUGGCGGUGCGUGUCUGCUUGGGGGUGAGAAGGACUGGCCCCUUACCGAGAACAUUAGCUUACCGCACGUCUUCGUGCUGCUCAUUGCCGUCGCCUUGCCGCUUCUCGUCGGGGUCCUCAGCACGCGCAGCGUCUACCUUUCAAGUACUUCUGAAAAUCAUGUAGUUUCGUAAUCGAAUAUGCUGGUCACGCAUUACGUGGUUUACGACAAGUACGUAUUACAAUGUAGGAGAUACUACAAAGAAUACUACCUUAUAAAAAGACAAGAAUCGUCUUCGUCACAUCACCGGCUCUCGUCCCUUAGUGCUUACCUUCAUGUUGACACUCAAUUUCGUGUGACAGGGCACGUUGGUUUGCUUUGAGAAAAAAUAUAGACGGAGUAUGGCUAUAGCUAUUCUUCAGACAGCUAGGUUUACGGCAAUGCACGUCUACGCUAGAAGAGUCAGAGUCAUGAAUUUUACUACAAUAAGUGAACACUUCAACAUCAGGCGGCGCUGCCGAUGACGGUGUGGCUAUCGCAGUUCUGGGGCUCUUCUGGUUUGUAUUACUGGUGAAUAUGUGUCUGUUGUACGGAGUGUCCUACACCGACCCUGGAAUCUUGCCCAGAAGAGAGAUAAUCCUCCAGACUGGAAUUCAAGCUGGACUCCAAAAACUUCUAGGUUAUGACGUCCUCGGAAGAGGCACGCCCACCGGAAAAUUCGAGAUAGACGCCCUGGAUUGUGUGCCUGACGAACUUAGGGUCAAGGGGUAUCUACUAUAAAGCUUUUUUCACGUCGACUUAAUCUUUUGGACUGAGGCACCUGCAUUAUCAACAAGAACAACGACUCAGUGCUGUUAUCAGAUCUAAAAGUGAUUUGUUCAAGAAUUACUACGGCCAACAUAUUUGUCUUCCCCAAGAAUGUAAACUCAAUGGAUCUUUUCAUCAUCAUCUGCAUUUUAUUCAUCUGCAUCUUCUCCACCAGAUAUCGUUGGUGUCGAACGUGCAUGAUCAUUCGGCCGCCACGAAGCGCGCAUUGCCCUGAUUGCGACAACUGUGUAAUCAAAUUUGAUCAUCAUUGUCCCUUCUUGAAUAACUGCAUCGGCCAACGGAAUUAUGCUUUCUUUGUUGGAUACAUUACCUCCGUGAUAGUUCUCGGAAUUUUGACACUUGGUUGCGGCUUCUGCGGACUGAGGGCUACGCCAGCUGCACUAGCGCGGUCAGUAAAUCAAAACGCAUCAAGGACGCAGAACCAGAAUGUUGGAGAACGACAAGGAAACCAAAACAUACUACGCCCAACAUUGCAUUAUAGUACAAAUGAUGGUGCGAUGAACCAAGAUGUGAACAUCAAUGGGGGUGGAGCAGCUGGUGUCGAACAAAACAGCGGGGUAGGCGUUGCACUUCUAGACGAUUCAGCCCUACUAACCACAGAAACGCCUGUGCUGAUGCGUGACAUAGCAACUGCUGGAGGCAGCACAGCAGCACCAACUGCAGCGGGAGCUGCAGCUGCACAGAGAGGAGGAACUGCAGCAGGCACAGAUCCCAAUAUUGUUGGGACGAACGGCUUAGACGAGCCAUCCCUGGCACGCACGGCUUUUUACGUAGCAGCCAUCGUGAUAGGCAUUUCCUUGCUAGCGGUGGCGACAUUGUGGGUGUACCACAUAUUCCUAAUUUGUACUGGCAAAACAACGAAGGAGCACCUCAAGGGCUUGAAUGAUCGCAUGGAUGUUGCCGACGAGGUGGCUUGCUGCGGUCCUCGUGGUGUGAAAUUGGUGGAUCCACGCGCUUGGGUCGCUUUUCCCGCACGACUCCAAUCAGCGCGAUUUAACAAUGACCCGCAAAAAAACCUCAGAGAACGACGAGGCAUCAAUGGGAAACAAGAUUACACACGCACGGGCGCACCACACGGAAAUUUCGAACAUAAUCGUGGAGGUCGUGGUCGCGGUGAUCGGGGUUUUUACAAGACGCAUCAUGCUGAUGACACGAGCACGAGCGAGCUUGAAGAGAGCGAGCAAGAGUACGUACAGCUUCCGCGUUAUGAAGGGUUCGGCAGCUCUUCUUGGACAGGCCAAGACGGUGGAAGUCGCAGCGGCCUAGAGGAGAGCGAAGGCGAGUCCUUAAAUCCUGAGUGGACAUCCAAUAGCAAUAGAAACACAUCCGCGCGAAGCAAUGAAAAUGGACAUCCCUACAAGAAAAAUUUUCAUUAUUAUGAGCAACAUGUUGAUGCUGUAGCUCAAGCUAGGAGUACUAGUAUCGACGUUUAUGAGCAGCAGGAGGAGGAGAAACGAAUGCUUAUGAUGAAGCAGAAUGGGAGGAUGCUGCUCCCGACAUCAUCGACAAGUAGCGGGGGAAGUAGUCGCGACUUUUUCAGGGAGCAACACUGUGGGCAGCGCCGAGACCACAGAAAUUGGAGGGACGAACUACGAGAGCAGCAAAGCAGAUCACAGUCUUCACACGACAAGUAUGUCAGAAGUAUGAAUGGGAAGAGCUACAGCAAUAGAGUAGAUGCCAGGAGUACUGCUAGGACUAACAAGAUCGGCGAGGAGACCGCCGGCGACGACAGUGAAGAUGAUCACAGCAGUGUGACUUCAAGUAGACGAGUCCGCAUGGUAGAAAGCAAGAACAAUAGCAGUCAUCGUGUCUACCUGCAAGAUCACGAUAGGUCAGCGGCACCAAGCAGUAACCACAACAACAGAAAAAACUUGACGUCACUAGAUGGGUCUGUCCGUCGUAACGGAGCAGGAAGUGUGGCGAGAAUGUAAGCGCCACAGCCGGCUUUACGGUUUUACCAGAUAUUAACUCCAACACACAUCACCAGUGAAUCGUUGAUUGAACCGUUGAUCAUUUAUUUUCGAUCAUAGGUGCAAAGCCGUGUACUUGCUCUAUUAUAAUCAGAUGUGACUCGUUGACAUGGAGUAGUUCUAUCAUUCAGCACUCUGGUGUCCUUGUCCAUUUCGUCGAAGACAUACAUUUUUCAUACUUCACGCUUCUCAAUAUCUUCAUCUUCUUGUUUCCUUUUUAUACUAGUUUCGUCAUAUAACCGCUACCUUCUGCUUUCGAGCCAAGAAAAGGCAGGUAUUGUCUUCCGUCUCAGUACUGGAUUCAACCAGUUUGAAGCUUUCCCUUUCAUCAUGUGCUAUUUCUUGUUUUCUUUUUUUGGAAGACGGAAGUAGUCAUUCGAAAAGCAGUCGAGUAACUCGCCAACUUACUCGUCUUGUUAUAAUACAACGUGAUAACGAAACCACAUACAGCCCUCUUCUCUAUCUUCCAUUGGUGAAGAACCAGAAUGAUAGAAUGUCCAAGACACGCGUACUUGGAGUUCGCAGGGAAUUACUGGUGAAUAAAUGUCUUUCUUCUUUGCAAAUGCAAUCUUCAUUGCUAUGUCAUCGAAUACGUGAAGCUUGCUAAUCCAAGGUACUGGAUCGCUCUCGGAAGUCAAACGAACAAAUUCCAACUCAAACAGAGACGAAAAAUAGCCCAACAGUGACUAGCUGGGCCAUUCGUGAAGCUUGCUAAUUCAAAGCGCG